GCCUGGGAAAGUGGGUUAGGAAGGGAGCUGGGAGCUGCACAGCCACGCACCGGAGCAGGACCAGCCAGGAGCGCAGCAACGGGAGCUGCGCUCUUUUUUUUUUUCCACCUCUUUCCAUCGCUCCAGACGGGUUGAUUUAAUUGUUGCUGGGUUUUGCCGCCUGACUUUUGCGUCGUUUUUGAUCUGCCUUUCUGACUCCUCUCGUUCUUUUCCCUCUCUUUUUCCUUCGUUGAAGGCUGUGCUCAGACUUUUUGUGGAAAGCCUUAAAAAAAAGAGAAAAGAAGGGGGGGGAAGAAGCCGGCGAGAGACCAAAAAGAGCACGAGAAAGUGGCAGCUGAGGGCUGUGAAAUCACCUCCCCUUUCCGGGGCUGUCUGUCAGAGCGAGAGUUGUACAUUAUUAUUACUGUUUUUCUUUCUCCAUCCAUCCAUCCACAUACACGCGCAGAGAGAGAGAGACGAGCACAGGCAACGAAACUCACCAAGACCAGCCAUGGUAGCGAGGGCUCAGCCUGAUCGGAAACAAUUACCACUGGUCCUACUGAGAUUGCUCUGCCUUCUCCCCACAGGGCUGCCAGUCCGCAGCGUGGAUUUUACCCGAGGCACCGAUAACAUCACCGUGAGGCAGGGGGACACAGCCAUCCUCAGGUGUUAUGUAGAAGACAGAAGCUCCAAGGUGGCCUGGUUAAACCGUUCUGGCAUCAUUUUUGCUGGAGAGGACAAGUGGUCCCUGGACCCUCGAGUAGAGCUGGAGAAGAGAAACCCCCUGGAGUACAGCCUGCGGAUCCAGAAAGUGGAUGUCUAUGAUGAGGGGUCCUAUACAUGUUCAGUGCAGACACAGCAUCACCCCAAGACUUCCCAGGUUUACUUGAUUGUGCAAGUUCCACCAAAGAUCUCCAAUAUCUCCUCGGACAUCACCGUGAAUGAAGGCAGCAAUGUGACCCUGGUUUGCAUGGCAAAUGGACGUCCAGAGCCUGUCAUCACCUGGAGGCACCUCACCCCAACAGGAAGGGAGUUUGAAGGUGAGGAGGAGUACCUGGAGAUUCUGGGGAUUACGCGAGAGCAGUCGGGCAAGUAUGAGUGCAAAGCUGCCAAUGAGGUUGCUUCAGCAGAUGUCAAGCAAGUCCGGGUCACUGUGAACUACCCUCCCACCAUCACAGAGUCCAAGAGCAACGAGGCGGCCACAGGACGACAAGCCUUACUCCGCUGCGAGGCAUCAGCAGUGCCCACGCCUGAUUUUGAGUGGUACAGGGAUGACACCAGGAUAAACAGUGCCAACGGUCUGGAGAUAAAGAGCACAGGGAGCCAGUCUCUGCUGAUGGUGGCCAACGUCACUGAGGAGCACUACGGGAACUACACCUGUGUGGCUGCCAACAAGCUGGGAGUCACAAAUGCCAGCCUAUACCUUUACAAACGAGUUUUACCCACACUCCCCAAUCCUUUUCCAGGACCCGGCACGGGGAGAGUAGACAAUGGCUCCGUGAGCUUGGCCGUCCCACUGUGGCUGUUGGCAGCAUCCCUGCUCUGCCUACUCAGCAAGUGUUAAUACAAAUCAAAAUUAAAAAUAAUAAUAAUAAUAAUAAUAAUUAAAAAAAAAAACAACCAACACGACAACAACGACGACGACAACACACAAAACAAAACGCAUUAUACAGGAGACAGAGCGAAGAGAGAGGAGAGAGAAAAAAGAGGGGGAGAGAGAAGAAGCGAGAGGACCGUUUCUAUCACAACAACUUCUGCCUGUUCAGGAGCAAAGAGGGGAGAGAGGAAAAACCACAGCAGGACCACUCAGCACCACUUACCUGAUAUCCAACUGCCGGCCGUCACAGCACUGACCUCACAAGGCAAGAGGCAAAUGGGGCACCCGCAGGGCCCAUGGAGCCAGAGGAUGCUGCGCUGCAGCCACACCAACGACACCCGCUGAGCCAAUUGAAUUGAAGAUCCCUUUUCUUUUCUCUCCUCCUUGCUGUUUUACAUACUCCUCACCUGCCUUCCUCCCUCCCUCCUCUUUCUUUCUUUCGCGGAAAGAGGUCUUUGCUUCGGUGUCUAUAAGCCACUUAACUUUUUGGAUGCCCUUGGUCAUUUUUGUGAGCCGAUGCUCAGGCACUUCAUACUUUUGGGAAAUAAAAAGAAAAAAAAGGGGAAAAAAAAAAAAAGGAAAAAAAAAAGGAAAAAAAAA